AUGUUGAGCACAUACGUACCCAAUUUGGUGCAACUCGAUCUGACCGACAGUUUCCUCCCGUCAUUAAGAGAUUUCGCGUUCAAGUUGGACAAUCUGAAAAUACUAACGGUGACCUCGUGCGGUCUACGGUCGCUGGACGGAAUCUGGAACGUACCGAACAUAGAAGAACUAUAUGCCGCCGACAACGACAUAAGCGACAUAACGUUGUGCUCGACACUGACCGAUCUAACCGUUCUGGACUUUGCCCGAAACAAAAUUAUGAACUUGUCAAAACUGCAUUUUUUGAACUUCUGCGAACGGUUACGAUGCCUGACCCUGUCCGGUUGUCCGGUAGCCAAAAUUGAAGAUUUCAACAAAAAAAUACGAGAAAUAUUGCCAAAACUGAGUGAACUCAACGGAAUCCAAUCGCUGGGUAAGGCCGUUUAA